GGCGGGGCCAGAGGCGGGGCUCCAGGUUUUUGAGUACGUAGACAAGUUAGAGGAUCUCCCAGUCCGUCCGCGUCCGAAGGAAACGCCAGCGAGGCCGGGAGAAAGUCUGAAAAACAAACGCCAAACGAAUAAAGAGCGACCGCGGCAGAAGAAGAAGCGACCGAGAAGAAGACAAGAUGGUGGCCAAGCAGAGGAUCCGCAUGGCGAACGAGAAACACAGCAAGAACAUCACUCAGCGAGGAAACGUGGCCAGGUCAACGAGGAAUAUGGCCGAGGACAAAGGUGUGGGUCCGUGGCUGCUCGCGCUCUUCAUCUUCGUCGUCUGUGGGUCAGCUAUUUUCCAAAUCAUCCAGAGCAUCAGGAUGGGCAUGUAGAGCGACGUGACCAGCAGGGGGCGGGCCCACGACAGCGAGCAGCUGAAGAUGACGAUGAUGAAGGAGCUGCCAACGCCAACGUCAUCAGAGCGUCGCGUUCUCGCCCCGAACUGAACCCGUUAAAACAUUCCUGAACUCUGACGGCUGCCUGCGGUCGUUCAUGCACAGAAACGACCAAACAGACCCUGAAAACCGGCCCCCGCCCCCUGAAAACCAGCGUUCAUUCCUGUUAUCUGUGUUGAUUUAACGUGUCGCCGCCCGCUGACCUUCUCACGGCGCUCCUCCUGCCUGUGAACAAGCCAUACAUGUGCCUUUCUCUGUUUACCUGUGCUUUAACCCCGCCCCCUCUGAUCAGUACAACACGACGAGGGAGGGGCGGGGGUCACAGUCCAAAAUGCUCCUGUAAACUGUACCCGUGUUUAUCCCAGACCACAAUAAAUUAAUCUGCGUGUUUUCUACUUGUGUCAGGAGUCUGUCCUCUCGUCUCUUUCCAGCUGUUGCUCUGUCCUGAGCCGAUCUGGUCUGUCCUCCCCCUCCUCCUCCUCCUCCUCCUCCUCCUCCUCAGUGCACAUGAGAUGAAAUAAGAUGAAGGUCUUUUGAAUCAGAAGGUUUGGAGGUGCUGACAGGUGUGUCUGCACUGUGUGCAGCGUCGCCUGAACAAUCGUGUACACAGAAUAAAGUUUGAUUUUGAAGAUGGAC